UGAUUUGACCACAUGAGGGUGUCAUUUUCUGACACAUGGGCCUACCUCUCUCAGUCUUUGUUCAGAGCACAUGCUCCAGAGACCUAAGAAGUUUCCCACAUUUUGGUAAAAUGUUAUUGUUAAUAGACUGGAGGAGAGUCAAUAUGAAUCACUUCGGAUAAAACAUUGAAAAAAGUUGCUGGGGAGUUGGUUAAAUGCUGUGAUUAGAUGUGACGAGGUUACUUCCUCAAGUCCAAAUCAUUUAAUGCCUUGCUUUGGAAGAAUGCCUUGGUAGACGAUGUAACUCAUUUAAUAGCAUUUAUUAACAUUUAGAUUAUUUAUAUCAAGUGCAUAUGUAUUGUCAUCGAGUCAUAACCCCAUUUGUUGUCAACAGAAAGUUGUCCGAAAAAUGCAUCUAUAGUUUGUGUUCGGUGAUGUGAAGGGCGGGACUUGAGAAACCAGGCGGCCAGUGACAAAUUCCCACUGUGGGUAGGUGAGCCAAUGAUAUGCUGAGAGGGCAGGGUCGACCGAGAUCCUUAUGUGCGUGGCGAGAAAGUUGCAGUUAGUUUACUACAGAGGCUGGGGCAAAUGGUCUGGGAACUGUUGAGGUAGGGGACAAAACAGUUAGAUGGGUUAUUUCUCGAAAGGGGUACCAAAGGCUUUUUUUUUGACUACGUUGUUGAACUACAUCUAUAUACGCAUGCUGAACUUGGUACAACUGUUUAUGCUUUGUUAGCUCAACAGGAUUGUUCUUAUUGGCAUAAUGUCUCAAAGAAUUAGGAGAAACGGGUCGCCGACUUCGAAUUGUUUGUCCAUAAGUGGCAGCGCAACCGGUGGUGGUGUCGGUGUCACCGGAGGCCCGGGAGCUUCUGGGAGCAACGCAGGAAUGAAUUUGUUUAGUCGUCUUCUACCCAUGAAGGCUACGGUUCCGUUUCAGCUCAGACCGCAGACACAGCCCCCCCUGCAGUCCAAGUCGCUUCACAGUGCCGACAGUGGAGGCGGCAGCCCCACUCACACGUCCAACAAUAACAACGGUAAUGGUAAAUUCCACAGUAGUUCAGGCGAGGCACCUGGAAUGCGCACGCAGACUUCACUUAGCCGAAGCCCCACUCGUGCUGUCUCGGUCAGCUCCACAGCUGUUUCAGCCAUCCCACUGUCCUCCUCGUCCCCGUCUCCAUCCAAUGUCGGUCCCACAGGCUCUAUGUGCCUCCAAACCGGGACAGCCUCCCCUUCUUUGAGAGCCAGCCCCACCAACACGACUGCAUCAUCAACGAGCAGCUCCGGGACAUUCCGAGCCGCUCAAACACAAUCACCUCUUCUUCCAGCAUCACCGAUACAACAACUGACUUUUCCGAUGGUGUCGCCGCACAGUAACACUCACAGCUACCACAGCGGCACGGCUAGUGUCAACUUAUGCAGCCUCUGUGUGCCGCAUGUCUCAGUCGCCGGAGGCUCCCCAUGCUACUCACCCACCCAGCAGCACUGGCAAUCAGACUACUCAGUGGUGACAGCCUCCCUACAGCUUCUUCAACCCUAUUCGGCCUCGCCACCUUCAUCCUCAUCCUUGAGUAACCAGAGGGGUAGAGCGGUGCAGUCACAACGGUGGUCACCCGAGCAAGACAGACAGUCCCCAGAGCGCGUCAGUCCCGGCUCGCCUGAUGAGAGAGCCAGGCACUCCCUGGCUGGCCUGUCCUCCUCUUCCUCCUCCUCUUCCUCCUCCUCCACUAGUUGUAUCCGUCGCACGUCCUCUCUGGACGCCCUGACGGGACCCUACCUGUCCGGACACUGGCCCCGCGAUGCAGCCCAUGCUCCCUGUGGACCCUUCAUGAGAGACAAAUCCACACAGACCCCCAGCGCCUGGACAGAUGAAUGUUCAGAGGAGAAGAAGACAGACUCCCACAAGCGGUCGACCUCCUGGGGAAGCACUGACCAGCUUAAGGAGAUUGCAAAGUUGCGUCAGCAGCUCCAGCGCAGCAAGCACAGCAGCCGUCACCAUCGUGACAAGGACCGCAAGUCACCCUUCAAUGGCAAACAUGCCGCCAUCCACCAAUCACAGGCUCCAGUCCCAAAGAGUGUCCUCAUCCCCGUCCCCAAGACCUCGGUGUCGCGCUUCCGGAACAGCGUGGAAGGCCUGAACCAGGAGAUCGAGAGGAUCAUCAUCAGAGACCCGGCUGAGAGGGAGCAGCUCAUGGCCCAGGACGUCCCAGAUGGGCGCCGUGCCCCCCCGCCUCUGUGCCAGCACUGCAGCAGCUCCCGGAGCAUCAACACCCAGACCCCCUCGGCCACCGCCGGCACCAACGCCGGUGGUAACCAGAGCAACGGCAGCAGCCGCUCUCAUUCGGUGUCGCCCAACUUCCUGGCUGUCGCCAACGAUGACGCGGAGGGAGAAGGAGAGGACGGGAGUCCCAGUGAGGAGCUGCUGAACGAGGGCAGAGAGAAAGAUGUGUGUCCCAGCUCUCCUCUGCCAAAGUACGCUUCAUCCCCCAAACCCAACAACAGCUACAUGUUCAAACGAGAGCCUCCAGAGGGAUGCGAGAGAGUCAAGGUCUUCGAGGAAACACAGGCCAAGCGAGGGCAGGAGAUCCCGGCGUUCUUAUCUCCGGACAAGAACAAGGUCAACUUCAUCCCUAACAGUGGCUCUGCCUUCUGCCUGGUCAGCAUCCUCAAGCCCCUUCUCCCCACGGCCGAGCUCAACCUGAAGGCUCCUGCAGUGGGGGGCAGCCUGUCCCCCCUCCCCCUGGACCAGGACCCCAGAAUGUCUAGAGGAACCAGCGCCUUCAUUCAGCAGCCCUCCUCUCUCCCACUCUCCAGGCGCCUGGAGGAAACUGAGAGCUAGAUCUCCCCUCGUGGCAGCCAGAAACGACCAGAACCGGAAUCCUCAGAACAAGACCCAGAACAACUCAGAACAUGUCCUGAAUCUGAAUCAUGUCCUGAAUCAGAACAUGUCCUGAAUCUGAAUCAUGUCCUGAAUCAGAACAUGUCCUGAAUCUGAAUCAUGUCCUGAAUCUGCCAUACUCUGACUGAUUUGAUCAAAUAGCAGAAAGUACUUCUAACACUGUCUGCUUGUGAUUGUCUGGAUGGGGGAGAAAUGAAAGAGCAUGUGUGUGCUAUGCAGCUUUGUAGUUGAUACAGAAUAGUGAAAUAGAGGGUGUAGGGUCACCUGCAUGUAGCAUUCUAUUCUCAGGAUAGAGUUAGAUGCUGUACAGAUACUAUGCUAUAACCUCUGACACGACACCUUGGAUGGAUAGGUGAUAUACUUUCUUCCUCUACCUGCAUGGUAGGGCAUUCUUAUGCACGCGCACACUCACAUACACACAGGAGCCUUAGGUUGCAAACACCCUCUCUCAAGUGGCAGUGGUCGCCAUCUUGCAAGGAUCGAAAAUAGCCUUUAUUUUAUAACAUUUUUGCAGUGGAGCAUUAUAUGAAAACGUAUUGCUUUUAAGCUAGAACUGCAAUUGUCUUUGAGGCCAAGAGACAUGGCUUAAGUGGCUGUGUGCUUCCAGGUUGAUGAAGGUCCCAGGAGUCUUCUGUCAGUAGUCACAGGAUUGCUCAGCAGAGUUCUGGAACCCUCCUGGUUAAAAUGUUCCGGCUGUGGCUCAGCCAGGCAAGCUCAAUAGAAACUGCUGGAGUAGUGAAGGAUGACCCGCUGGUCUGGGGCUGAGUAGUCAGACUGUGACUAAGAGAUGUUGGCCCCAGGUUUCUAGCCAUGUGCUUUAUCAAAUGAAUAUGGUUCUGCUUUAAGAAAUAUAUGUAUAUAUGCACAGUAUGACUAACCGAAGUUUGGAUUGUGGAGGAAAUGAGGCUAGUUUACAUGAUUCUUGUGCAUUAAUGACAUCAAUACCGAGCAUAAAAAAAACAAUCUUGCCAAGAGUUAUAACAGUUAUUAAAACUUUUUUUUUCUUCCAAGACAUAGUUGUUGAAAUAUCUUUUAACGUGAUUUCCUUGUGUUAUCGGAUCUUUCAAAAUUUCAGACUCACAGUAUCAGUAACAAUAAGUGCCCUGAAUCAAGUGGGACAGCCUCCUCCAUUCUACUUUGACUAGCGACAAACUGAGGAUGUCGCACAGAAUAAGUGCAUUUAUGAAUAUUUAUGGACUGGAGGUUCAGACACAGGGAUUCAGUUAUGUGUGCUGGAGAAACAAAAUGAUGAACUGUAAUGAGACAUGCGUGGAGUUAGGUGGGUGAAAAGGGAGAGAAGGUUUAAAAAAAAAAAACAGACAGAUUGCUC